AUGGGCGUUUCCCCCCAAUGCCGAUCACCAGAGACUUGGAAGGUGGUGAGGCUCAAUACAAUACCUAAUCGGCCCAUCCGCUUCACCCUCUUCGAUGAGUUCGUGGCUACCUUGCAGUCCUGGCUUGCGGAUUGGUCGAGGAGCGGAAGCAAUGCCUUCAUACACAGCGAGCUCUAUGCAUCACGCGUCCCAGCCCCUGUUGGUGACGUCUUCACUGCACUGACGAGCUACUUCCACCGGGCUCCUGAGACGGAGCCGAUGGUCUUCCGCAUUGUCGAAGACCGCAUCACAAAUCUCGUGGCAACUGAAACGCUUGAGCCGUCCGAUGUUCUCGGUCACUUGAGCCGUGUGCACGCGCUGAUGGGCUACAGCAUCAUCUGCCUCUUUCAUGGCGACAUACGUCUGCGCCGCGUCGCUGAAGUGAAUCUUCAGCUCCUAGUCUCUUGGAGUCAGGAUAUGCUGAAGGCCACCGCCCGUGCCGCUAGCAAUGGCCAGCUUCUCUACUCGGAAAUGGUCAAUGCCUUGGCGUUCCUCGGGACUGACGCUGCUGCCCGGUCGAUCCCGCCGCAGCAUGAACUGCAGGCAGCAUGGCAGCAUCUCGGUGAGGCAGAAAAGGAGACGGCGCUCUGGCACACAUGGGUGGUGACAGAAAGCGUGCGGCGAGCUUGGGUGACAGCCCGUGCCGUUGAGACGAUCUAUCUGACGUUACGCGAUCGCGGAGCCGCGUGCCCUGGCGGACUCAUCUUUACUAUGAGCAAGAGCGUGUGGGAAGCCAACUCCGCCCUCGCAUGGACGAAAGCGUGUGCCGAGUCAGACACGGGAUUCCUGCACAUCUGGGAUACAGACCGAUUAUGUGUCCAGCCCACGUCGGACGCCAUCGAUGAGUUUGCCAAGGUCAUGAUCAAGCUAAACUUCCGCACGGAUAGGGCUAGCACUUGGGCUCAAGGUGAAUGUGGUAGCUGA